AUGGACAGCUUCGCCAGUCAAAAUGGCGAGUCGAAGGCCACUUUCCAAAACAGGGAGAACACACAAAAUGCUCUCACUACAGUCCCAACGUCAGUGACUCUGUCAGCGGAACAAUUUGAAAGGCUUUAUUUGAGUCCUAUGACGGUUCGCCAAUCAUCGCUAGCGAAGAAGGUUGGAAAUCCGACACCAUUAGCACUAGGAGGUUUUGUCAUUACCACCACACCCGUUUCAUGCUGCUUGAUGGGCUGGAGAGGAGCCAGUGGAAAUGGAGUUGCUUUCAUUGGACCUAUCAUUUUCCUUGGUGGUCUGUUGUUGCUUAUUACGAGUAUUCUUGAGUUCAUCAUCGGAAAUACAUUCCCCUGUGUUGUGUUUGGCACUAUUGGCGGGUUUUGGUUUGCGUUUGCAGCCACGAUGAUUCCAGCUUUCAAUGCAGCCGCUCCCUACUCCUCGUCAACCACCGAUACAGCUGCCGGGCUAGCCAGCGAAAGCUUUAUGAAUACCUAUGCAUUCCUAUUCAUAACUAUGGCCGUUUUGAUGUUCAUCUUCAUGAUUUGUGCAACACGUAUCAAUGUGGUAUACACUCUCAUUUUCCUCUCACUGCUCAUGGUUUUCCUUCUGCUGUCCGCGGCCUAUUGGCAACUAGGCCAAGGGAAUGCAUCUGUUGGUGAUCGGUGUGUAAAAGGUGCUGGAGCUUCGCUCUUUGUUGCUAGUUUACUCGGCUUUUACCUGUUGAUUGUUCAACUGUUUGGGUCCAUAGGGUUCCCAUGCGUUUUGCCGGUUGGAGACUUGGCAGUACUUUGGACCCGCAAUGAAGACAAAGAGCGAGAGGAUGUUGAACAGCCAAACGCUCGCUAG